AUGCAAGUAUUUUCUCCAAUUGCAGGACUUGACGGAAGUGAAAUAAAAUUACUGGACGACUCAGCCACAGAGUCCGCCCAAAAGUUUCCUGAUUACUGCUGGUUAUAUCCUUUCCUUCCGGGAUGUCCAUAUGGUCCAGAUUUUGGACCAACAACUCAAAAUUCGGUAACCACUGACUCGACAGCACAGGAAACAACAACCGCUAAGUCUGUGACAGCGCCAGGAACCCAAAAAUCAACCACCAUUAAAUCUGUAACAGAGCCAACAUCCUCAAAGACAACUUCUUCAAAAACUACUACAACUACAAAGACUAUCACAGAGCGAUCCACCGAGAAAACAACAACAACAAAGGCUACACCAGAGCAAACAACCCCAAAGGCCCCUACAACUAACAGUUCCACAGAGCCAAACACAGAGAAAACAACAACCGGAAAAACUACCACAGACUCAACAAGUCAAAAAACACCAGCCAUUAAAUCUACAACAGAGCCACCGACACAGAAGACGACUACUACAAAAACUACCAAGGAGCCAACUACCGAGAGAGCAACGACACCAAGUACUACACCGGAGCCAACGACUGAAAAGACAACAACCUUAAAAUCUACAACCGAGCCAACAACCCGAAAGACAACUACGACUAAGACUUCCUCAGAGCCAAACACCGAGAAAACAACAACUGUAAAAACCACCACAGAGCCAACGAGUCAAGAAACAACAGCCGUUAAAUCUACGACAAACCAAAAGACACAGAAGACGACUACUACAAAAGCUACCAAGGAGCCAACUACCGAGAGAGCAACGACACCAAGUACUACACCGGAGCCAAAGACUCAUAAGACAACAACCUUGAAAUCUACAACCGAGCCAACAACCCGAAAGACAACUACGACAAAGACUUCCCCAGAGCCAAGCACCGAGAAAACAACAACCGGAAAAACCACCACCGAGCCAACAAGUCAAGAAACAACAACAUUAAUAUCUACAAUAGAGCCACAGACACUGAAGACGACUACUACAAAAACUACCACGGAGCCAACUACCGAGAGAACAACGACACCAAGUACUACACCGGAGCCAUCGACUCAUAAGACAACCACCUUGAAAUCUACAACCGAGCCAACAACCCGAAAGACAACUACGACUAAGACUUCCACAGAGCCAAACACCGAGAAAACAACAGCCGGAAAAACCACCACAGAGCCAACGAGUCAAGAAACAACAACCAUUAAAUCUACAACAGAGCCAACGAACCAGAAGACGACUACUACAAAAACUACCACGGAGCCAACUACCGAGAGAACAACGACACCUAGUACUACACCGGAGCCAUCGACUCAUAAGACAACCACCUUGAAAUCUACAACAGACCCAACAACCCGAAAGACAACUACGACUAAGACUUCCAUAGAGCCAAGCACCGCGAAAACAACAACCGGAAAAACCACCACAGAGCCAACAAGUCAAGAAACAACAACCAUUAAAUCUACAACAGAGCCACAGACACAGAAGACGACUUCUAUAAAAACUACCACGGAGCCAACUACCGAGAGAACAACGACACCAAGUACUACACCAGAGGAUACGACUCAUAAGACAACAACCUUGAAAUCUACAACCGAGCCAACAACCCGAAAGACAACUACGACUAAGACGUCCACAGAGCCAAGCACCGAGAAAACAACAACCGGAAAAACCACCACAGAGCCAACGAGUCAAGAAACAACAACCAUUAUAUCUACAACAGAGCCAGCAACCCAGAAGACGACUACUACAACAACUACCACGGAGCCAACUACCGAGAGAACAACGACACCAAGUACUACACCGGAGCCAACGACUCAUAAGACAACAACCUUGAAAUCUACAACCGAGCCAACAACCCGAAAGGCAACUACUACUAAGACUUCCACAGAGCCAAACACCGAGAAAACAACAACAGGAAAAACCACCACAGAGCCAACGAGUCAAGAAACAACAACCAUUAAAUCUACUACAGAGCCAGCAACCCAGAAGGCGACUACUACAAAAACUACCACGGAGCCAACCACCGAGAGAACAACGACACCAAGUACUACACCGGAGCCAACGACUCACAGGACAACAACCUUGAAAUCUACAACAGAGCCAACAACACGAAAGACAACUACAACAAAGACUUCCACAGAGCCAAACACCGAGAAAACAACAACCGGAAAAAACACCACAGAGCCAACGAGUCAAGAAACAACAACCUUAAAAUCUACAACAGAGCCACAGACUCAGAAGACGACUACUACAAACACUACCACGGAGCCAACUACCGAGAGAACAACGACACCAAGUACUACAGCGGAGCCAACGACUCAUAAGACAACAACCUUGAAAUCUACAACCGAGCCAACAACCCGAAAGACAACUACGACUAAGACUUCCACAGAGCCAAACAACGAUAAAACAACAACCGGAAAGACCACCACAGAGCCAACGAGUCAAAAAACACCAACCAUUAAAUCUACAUCAGAGCCAGCAACCCAGAAGACGACUACUACAAACACUACCACGGAGCCAACUACCGAGAGAACAACGACACCAAGUACUACACCGGCGCCAACGACUCAUAAGACAACAACCUUGAAAUCUACAACAGAGCCAACAACGCGAAAGACAACUACGACAAAGACUACCACAGAGCCAAACACCGAGAAAACAACAACCACAAAAACCACCACAGAGCCAACGAGUCAAGAAACAACAACCUUAAAAUCUACAACAGAGCCACAGACACAGAAGACGACUCCUACAAAAACUACCACGGAGCCAACUACCGAGAGAACAAAGACACCAAGUACUACACCGGAGCCAACGACUCAUAAGACAACAACCUUGAAAUCUACAACCGAGCCAACAACCCGAAAGACAACUACGACUAAGACUACCACAGAGCCAAACACCGAGAAACCAACAACCGGAAAGACCACCACAGAGCCAACGAGUCAAAAAACAACAACCAUUAAAUCUACAUCAGAGCCAGCAACCCAGAAGACGACUACUACAAACACUACCACGGAGCCAACUACCGAGAGAGCAACGACACCAAGUACUACACUUGCGCCAACGACUCAUAAGACAACAACCUUAAAAUCUACAACCGAGCGAACAACCCUAAAGACAACUACGACUAAGACUUCCACAGAGCCAAACACCGAUAAAACAACAACCGGAAAAACCACCACAGAGCCAACAAACACAGAAGACGACUACUACAAAAACUACCACGGAGCCAACUACCGAGAGAACGACGACACCAAGUACUACACCGGCGCCAACGACUCAUAA